AUGUGUGCGUACCAACUCCUCUUGCCACAAGUCCUCGUCCGAUUAUCUAUAGCCACUCUCUCUGUUUUCAGCUCUCUACUUUCAAAUAACUUAUCACACACAUUUGUUUUGUGUGUUAUACCGAAGAUGCCGCCGAAGCAGUACGACGAUAACAGCGACAGCGUCCCUCCGCACGACAGGGCGGAAGCGCUGGCGAUGGAGUACGAGACUUCGCACCACGAGCGUCCUGGCACAAAGAAGCACAACGAGACGCCCAGCCACCAGGGCAAGCCGAAGUCUGUGCGGUGA